AUGGGUAUUGUCAAGACGCGUCGAAAAUGGUAUCGAAUCCAGUGGUUUGCGGACCAGGAUACCAAGGAGGAACGAAGGCUCAUUCUGAAACUGGACACUUUGAUCGUGCCCUAUGCUUUCCUGGCCUACUGGACGAAAUACAUUGACCAGUCGAAUAUCAACAAUGCCUAUGUGUCCGGCCUUAAAGAGGACCUCGGCCUCCAUGGAAACGAGCUCGUCCAUCUGCAGACCAUAUACACCGUUGGGGCUGUCGUGGGCCAAAUUCCCUUCGCAUAUCUCUUCACCAAGUUUCCCAUGUCAUGGCUCAUCCCAUUCAUGGAUAUCUGCUGGGGCAUUUUUACUCUGCUGCAGUAUCGCGUUGAUUCGUAUGGCGAGUUGAUGGCCUAUCGGUUUCUGGUUGGUUGGUUUGAGGCCGCAUUCUUCCCUGGAAUGCAUUACAUCUUUGGCGCCUGGUACCGCGGCGACGAGAUCUCCCGCCGCGGCGGCUGCUUCUACGUCGGCCUCACGCUGGGCACCCUAACAGCCAGUCUCAUCCAAGCUGGCACGUCCGCACGACUAGACGGGGUCAACGGCCUCGCCGGCUGGCGAUGGAUGUACAUCAUCUGCGCGAUCAUCACCAUCCCCAUCGGGAUCCUGGGUUACUUCAUCCUCCCAGGCACGUCCGACCGACCGAACCGAAUCGUCCUGACAGACCACGACCUCUCCGUGUCGCAGACCCGUCUCCAGCGAGCUGGCCAUGAGGUCCUCCCCCAUGGCCACCGCGACGGUCACUUCACUCUCUCUACAUGCACCAACGUGCUUCGCAGCUGGCGAUUCUGGGCCCUCCUCCUCCUGGCCGUCUUCUUCUGGAACGGCAGCCUCAACACCACUACAGGCGGGUACCUCCUGUGGCUCAAAAGCCUCAACCGCUACUCAACCAGUCGUCUCAACUCCCUCGCUGCUAUCUCUCCCGCCCUCGGCAUCUUCUACACGCUCUUCAUCUGCUUCGCUUCCGACCUGCUCAUCGGUCCCGCAUGGGCCAUCACCCUCGCUCACGUCUGGAAUCUCAUCGGCCUGAUCAUCCUCGUCACCUGGCCCGUGUCGGAAUCCGCCCUCUGGUUCGGCUUCCUGACGACUUACUCCGCCGUAGCUAUGUCCAGCGUGCUCUACGGCUGGGUUAAUACCCAGCUGCGGCAUUCCCCCGUCGAACGCGCCGUCACUCUCAUCGCUAUUAAUACCGUGGCGCAGUCGACUACCGCUUGGACUCCGUUGUUGGUGUUUAAGACGGUCGAGGGGCCUCGCUUUACGAAGGGUUAUGCCUUUGUGUUGGGUAAUGCGGUCUGUCUGAUUGCGUUGGCGCAUAUCAUUCAGUUAUAUUCGUCGAGGUCGUAA